AUGGAAGUUCAAGAUUCUCAACCGGAUAGUGUAGACAAAAUUGUUACUGAUUUACCAAUUAAAGAAGAAGACCCAAGUCAUGUUCUAGAAGACAUAAAAACAGAUGAACUGGUUAAUUUAUAUGAUGAUACCGAUGUUGAUAUUAAAGCCGAGUUUAGUCCAGUCUUUGAACAAGUCGAGGUUGCUCAAGAUAAGGAAUUGAUAUCCGAAACUCUAGUUUACGAGGAGCCGCUGCAUUUUGAUGGCAUUAAAAGUGAAGAUGAGAUCGACGAUGAGUUAGAUGAUGAAGAAGAUGAUGAUGCUAAUGAUGAAAUGGGUUAUUAUAAUUACAAUGACGGUAGUUUGGACAGCGAGGAAGCUCAGGCUUUGAAUAAUGUCGAGGCCUGUUUAAGAGAUGAUAUCGAUGUUAAAAAUGAAUAUACUGAACCCAUCAAAACCGAAGAUAUCAAAGAAGAAAUGGGAUUAACUGUAACAGAAACGAGUCUCAUAUCAAAUAAAGUUAUAAACACAACAUCCACUAUAACGAAUGCUCCCGACGGAUUAAUACAGUCCGAGACCACAAAGACAUUGGUUAUGGAAAUACAUCCCAUGGUUCAAGGAAAUGUUCCAUACAAUAGAAUAGAAGAGAAGAUAUUAUCAACUAACUAUGAUAAUGAACUCGAUGAUUCAUUCCAACUGAAUUCAAUUACCGGGGAUGUGCUUACAUUAGAACAAGAAGCAUACGGAUUACUGAAAGCCGAUCAUUAUCACCCUGAUGAUAAAGAUUUCCAUUGCCACAAGUGUGAUAAGGAUUACACUCAGCCCGAGAAAAGUUCUAUGGAGAAACGAGCUGUAAAUAUCAUGAAUGGAUUAGAUUACAAAAUGGAGGAUGACCUAGAUUAUAGCUACGAUAAGAAACCUAGAUUAGACGAUGCAGAAACAGAUGUGAUUAAGAAGGAAGGAUAUGAAUGCAGUUGUGGUGAAGUUUACAAAAGGAAGAGCAGAAUGUUGACGUGUUUGAGAUCUCAUGAGAUGUACAGUGAUGAUUGCUACUCCUGCAAUACUUGUACAAGACAGUUUAAAGAUAAACAGCAGUUGAAUCUUCAUAGAAAGAGGCUGCACCGGAAAAGAUUUCCUUGCAAGUUCUGCCCAACAGAUUAUGAGACUAGGAAAGAACUGUUCAAACAUCUACAAAUACAUCAGAAAGUUCAAUUGAUGGAGUACAAAGUUAUCACUGAAGUUGUGAAAGGGAAACAGAAGUUGAUAUGUUUCAUGUGCUCGAAAUCAUUUUCAGAUUUGUCCGAAUUGAAGUGUCAUAUCAUGGACGAACAUAAAGAGCCCUAUCUUUGCCAAGCAUGCGACAGUUCCUUCAAUAAGAUCAUAGAUUUCUGCGAACAUACAAAGAGCUUUCACCCGGAAAUCGAAGGUCAAUCAGUUUUGGACGUCCUAGAAGCGUUCUCAAAACUCGUCCAAGCUUGGAAAUGCGAUGAGUGCAAUUUACAAUUCUAUCAAGCGGAUAAGUUUGCGAAACACCAAUUGGAAUCACAUGGCUCGGAUUCUAAAGCCAAGGACCAGUUUCAGUGUGAUGAUUGUUUGAGAGUAUUCGUCAGCCAGAAAGGCUUGACCUCUCAUAGACGAAUACAUCACAACACGCCGAGCGCUGAAGAAACUAUGGCCAUACAACAAGGAGUUAUGUGCGUUGAAUGCAGGAAAAUCUGCAAAGAUAUGGAUGCAUUGACAUCGCAUAUGCGUUUCCAUUCACCAGACAGGAAGUAUCCCUGCAAAUUCUGCGACUUCCGCUUCGCGACGCCAGAAAAGAGGAAAGCUCACGCGGAAUUACACACCGGGGACAUGAAAUACGUGUGCUUUAUAUGCGAAUACCAGUGUAGCUCGGAGAAUAGGCUCCAACAACACAAGAUGUCGGUCAAACACGCCAAUAUGAAAGCAUACCUCACGACUGGGAAACCUUUAAUAGAGGAAACUACUAUAACCGACUCGAAAGAGGUUAAGAAGAAUAAUGAUUCUUCAUCAGAAGACGAAGACGCCAUCUGUGACGUGUGCGGCGAGGCUUUCAGAAACGAAGAUGAUAUGUUGGACCAUAAACAAACACAUCCCUUCAUAGAAUUUCCGAACGAAGACAAACCUACUAGAAUAUUCUUCAAAUAG